AGUUACAAACGAGUUUUCUCUGUAAAUAAAACAUCGAAUCAAAUGGAGUCAACGUUUGAUUGUAAACCACUGUUCCAUAAGUAUAUUUGUAUAAGACGUUCAACUCUAGAAUGGUCUGUGACGGAUGAAUUUCCGGUGAUAUUGUAGCUGACUUGACCCAGGGAGCAAGCGACACGACUGGAACUCUUAAACAGAGAAUUUUUUGUUUUGAGAUGGCUUUGAAGAUAAGACAUGUCCGCCAGAAGCUUCACCACGAGGCAGUGAAGCUGGACAAGUGUUGCAGUCACGAUGCGCCCACCGACUUAGCGUUGUCUCGGAAAACCCAGGACAAACACCACAUGGUCCAUCCACGUCCAGAGAACCACUGGACGGGCAAUCAGCCCCUGGCAGAGAGCCACUUCCCGACUGGAAUCUUUGCUGGCACUAAAAUCACCCCAGAAGCUCUGGUACAAACCCUGAAGUGUAAGGAAACUCCAGAUACACCCAAACUUGGCAGAGAAGGUCCUGACAGAGCUCUGAUAGGGCGUCAGCCAGCCAAGAAAGAAAAGAUGAAUGAGAGAAGGGAGAAGUGGCUGAAAAAGAUCAGCUUCAUCAAACAGGCCCAACAGGAGCAGGCAGCCAAGGCCCACAGGCAGGCCAUGCCCGUGGUUGGAGACCUGAGACCGCUGGUAGACGCCCUGCCAGAUCUCUGUCCAUUUAAUGGCCCAACUACUGCCACAAUCUCCACUGCUCGUCGCAUGAGCAGAAAAAACAAAAUGCCAGUGAAGAGGCCUGAGCCAACCGAUUUCAGUCAGAUGAAGCAGUCACAAAAACGCAAACUCCUAGAAACCGAGAGCAGCCGCUUCAGUGACGUUAUAAAGACACUCUGUGGAAAAACGAACCCUCUGGCUGAUAUUGGUGAGCAGUUAAGGAAGAGGAUGAGGCAGGAGGAAGAGCACAGUCCGUGCUAACAGCAGCAACAGCAAAUGUUAAACUGGGAGAGAAUAAAGCGCUUCCACAGACUCAAAUCAUUGAAUCCCAACAGGACCCUGUCCUCUCUAGUUAAAGAAGAGAAAGAACCUGAAAACUGGUACUCUUGUCAGUUACACAUCGGAUGCUGAGGAUACUGACAAGUACUUAAUAAAGAUGCAAAGACUGGUGGCAUUGAGUCAAAUGUCAAAAUGAUGGCUUAUGCACAUUUUUUCGCAAUAAUAAAAUUUUCAAUUCAUUUAAA